GCCUUUACAGCUUGAUACUCUCCUCAGACACAGAAUGGCUCAGCAUGAACAAAAACUUGCAAUUCUGAGACAAGAAAAUGGAAAUCUCAAAUCACAAAUCAGGACAUUGAGAUUGGAGAAUGAGAAAUGCAAUAAAGAACUUGAAGAUCUAAGGCAAGAGAACAAAACCCUCAAAUCUGAAAACAGCAAAUUAGGGUCACAACUUCAGGACAUUCAAAACGAACUGCCCAGCCCCGAAGAGAGGUAUGCUUUUAACCUUGACGUGUUGUUUUUGCUUAGUGUUACAUGUUGCAGUAAACCACUAAAACAGUGCACUUCACCAGCAAAGGUAUUUAGUCCUUGGACCCAACAUAAAGAAUCACUUGUUUCUAUCGGUAUAGAUUUUGGCACAGCGUUCACUGGAUACAGCUUCUCGUUUAAAGGAGCAAAACAGAUUCGGCAACCUAAAUGGGGUGAAGAGUAUGGAAUGAACACCCCAAAAACUCCUACCUGCAUUUUGUUUGAUGAGGAUGGAAAUUUUCUGAAGUUUGGCUAUGAUGCCAUAAUGACGUACACCAGACAGACACGGAGAAACGAAGCAAAGAAGCUUUACCUCUUUGACGACUUCAAAAUGGAGCUCUACGGCAAGGUGUUGCACAGAGACUCAAUGAUGACUGCCAAAAAUGGGAAAAAAAUGAGAGCUAUGAAAGUGUUCUCUGAGAGCCUGAAAUUCAUGAAAGAUCACGCCCUGGAUAUGAUUGGAAAGCACACAUCUGAAGUAACGUACUCUGCCUCUGAUGCUACAUGGGUUUUGACAGUUCCAGCCAUUUGGAGCUCUGCAGCUAAACAGUUCAUGACAGAAGCAGCUAUAGAGGCUGGUCUGGUGUCCGAAUUUGAGCCUGAAAAACUGAUUGUAGCUCUGGAACCAGAGGCUGCAUCUGUGUGGUGUAAACAGCUCCCAAAAGAAGGUUUUAUGGAAGGAGAUCUUACAGAAGAAGAGACAAUAGAACAAGUUCCAGGAACACAGUACAUGGUAGUGGACUGUGGAGGUGGAACCAUUGAUAUCACAGUGCAUGAGGUGGUGGAAGGGGGUCGUCUAAAGGAGCUGCACAGGGUAUCAGGAAAUAACUUGGGUGGCCAAACAGUGGACAAAAACUUCAAAUCAUUCCUCAGAGAGAUCUUGUCUGAAAAGGUGUUUGAUGAGUUUGAGGAAAACUAUCCCAGUGAGCUGAAGAGGUUGAUGUAUGAUUUUUCCAUGUGUAAGCGUUAUGAUGGAGAGGUGCUGGUGCAGUGUCCUUAUAACUUACAAGAGCUAGCCCGGAAAGUAAAAGACAUAGAAGAUUAUUUUGAGGGAAACAGUGAAGCUGAAUGGGAAAGUGGGUCAAUUCUGCUGUCAGGGACAAAGCUGAGAGCUUUACAUGAUGAUUGUAUCAUAGGCAUAGAGAACCUGAUGGAAGGGAUUUUGGAGAAAAGCAACCUGAACAUCAGAUAUAUUUUGCUGGUGGGAGGCUUUGCCCUGAGUCCUUACGUGAACAGCUUUGUUAAAGAGAAGUUUGGGUCGAAGUAUAAGGUUCUCUGCCCUGUGGAUGCUGCUUUAGCCGUUGUGAAUGGAGCUGUUCUGUUUGGCAGGAUGCCAAACGUGGUGGAAUCACGAAUCUGAGUAUUGUGUUGUUUGUUUUCACUGCUUAGGAAAGGAAGGCAGGUGAAUCUGUUUGAUGAAAGUAAAGGGUACACCUUUAGCACCACUGAUUCAGCACUGUUAAUGUGAAAUCUGAUUAAACAACUGAAGUAUGUACAUAUUUAUGUUAUUUGCGGAGGGGCUUCAUCAUUUGCUGUGCUUUUUGAGAUUGUUAGAAACAUAAAAGAAUCUAUACAUACAUUU